GCGCUUUUUCCUUUUAGAGUUAAAUCCCCUUUACCACCGACCACGACCACGACAACCACCAAAGCGUCUCCCAUCUAUCGCCAUCGAACCCACAAUGAGCAGCCCUACUCAUGCAUCGCCUCCACACUCAUAUCCUCUGCGAUCCGCGAUGAAGCACUCAUCUGCAGCAACUUCACCAGUCUCUUCACCACCCGUACGGUCGCAAACACUACCUGGAACGCCAGACAUGGAAUCACUUCCUCUCUCCACGACAUCGACAUCGACAUCGACCUCGUCUUGUCAUCAUGGCGAUUCUCUUCAAAAGACUUCUUCACAACUCAGCUUUGGAUCUCAGUCGCCAUCACCUUAUUUUGCCAUGUUGCCACGGACCCCCGUUCCGGGAUAUCAGCCAAAAGUGUCGUUUGAUACUUUUGAGAACUCUGCGGCGAACAUGUUCAGCUUCACGUUGAGCUCAAAGUCGGAUGGUUAUAAGAGAACGCGGAAUACGAGAAUCUUUCUAUGUGCAACGUCCCCAGACGAGUCCGGGUCUGGAGCAUUAGACUGGGCUCUUGAAUCUUUCGUGCAAGACGGGGACGAAUUUGUCGUGUUCAGAGGGAUAGAAGAGGACGACUUAGAGAAAGACCACGACUCAAUUCGGGACGAUGCUCGAGAAUUGAUGAAAUAUGUACAGGAAAAGAGUCAAGAAGUUGAUCCCGACCGCAAACUAUCGAUCAUCUUGGAGUAUAUUGCGGGCAAAGUUACGGAUACACUAGACCGUCUUAUCGUGUUGUACAGACCUGAUUCAGUGAUAGUGGGAACUCGAGGACGCAAAAUAUGGCAAAUGGGACUUAAAGGCACCAUGGGAAGCGUUAGCAGAUAUUGCUUGACACAUUCUCCAGUUCCCAUCAUCGUCGUUCGACCGGAAAGGAAGACGAAGAAAGCGAUUGAAAAACGACGGGCAGAUCCUAAACGAGGAUUCCAUUUCGGUUGAUGAAUUCCGCUCGAACAUCUUUUCUUGGGGAGGCCGGUUCUUUAGGAUCCCGCAUUCGAAUGAAUCGCCGGGUUUGGUUCGCCGAUGAUUCGAGUUGCUUUGCGCCAGGCGCGAUAUGAUACAUGAACAUCAACAGUAGAGACCAUCGCGAAACGACCUUUUUGUAGCAUACACCAUUAUACCCUUGUUUGUAUACGAAGAAAGCUUAUGAAAUGAGCAUUUUGCGAGAUAAUACA